AUCUUGGUUUGUCAUAAACAGCAGAGAAUUCUACCACAAGGAAGCUCUGGUACUAUCUUUCUCAUUAAGCAUCCGCGACUACAAUAUUCCCCAAUUUAUUAAAUAAACUUUUCCAUGAUGCAAAAGUACCUUUUAUUAAACACUACGAAUAAAUAAAUAAAGGUGAAACACCCAUUUCAAAGAAAUGGUAACGUGUCUUUUUCAUUAGGCGAGACUAGCCAAUCUAAGCAAACAGAGUCGUCUUUAUAUCUAAACGAACAUUUUGUGAAAGAAAGAGAGACUAAGGUGAAUCCAUGGCGUCCAAGAUUGUCUCAGCCAUAGUAUUUGUGUUUAACCUCAUUGCCUUUGGUUUAGCCGUUGCUGCUGAACAAAGAAGAAGCACUGCAAGGGUUGUGCAGGACACUGAGGUGCAAUAUAACUACUGUGUGUAUGACUCGGACAGAGCUACAGGGUAUGGAGUUGGAGCCUUUUUGUUCUCAGUGGCUAGUCAAAUCCUUAUCAUGCUCGUUAGCCGUUGCUUCUGUUGUGGAAAGCCUCUCAAGCCUGGCGGUUCACGCGCUCUUGCCCUCAUUCUCUUCAUUGUUAGCUGGAUGUUCUUCUUGAUAGCGGAGAUAUGUCUAUUAGCUGGAUCGGUAGAGAAUGCAUACCACACAAAGUACAGGACAAUGUUCAUGGACAAUCCUCCUGAUUGUCAAACUCUACGUAAAGGCGUCUUUGCAGCAGGCGCCUCAUUCGUCUUCUUCAACGCCAUUGUCUCUCAGUUCUACUAUUUCUUCUAUUUCUCUGCUGCUGAGGCCUCUCUUUCACCUUACUAGAGGUUCUUAACCAACAAAUAAGUUUUAUUUUUUUUCUCUCUAAAUGUGCUAUUUGAUAUGCUAAUAUCAUAUUUUGAGGUGGGUUUUCUAUGUACAACUAUGAUGAAAUGUUACAACUAUGACAAAAUUAUUUGAAAGUGAUGGUACACAUGAGAUUUGUAGAUUUAUUUGUAUGGUUAUUAGAUCGAGUUGAAAUGUUGUUUUAAAAAGAGUGGAUGUAAUUUGACGAUUUUGUGACAUAUGACAUAAUGCUCUUAUUCAUUGAAUAAGGUUUGAGCUAUUCUCGUGAAUGCGUAAAUUCAAAUUCGUAUAAUGCAUACUUUUGACAGAGUAACAAUUGUUUAUUACUGGAGAAACUUAUCCAAACAUGAGAACGUCCAUAACAACUAGUAGCAAGCAACUAGCUCUAUCUAUCUCCUUCUCCCAUGCCAAAGGGUAUGGAAUCCCAUCAACACCAAUCAGCAAUCACCAUCCCUUUAUUGCAACU